AUGGCUACGUCACUUCCACGUGGCGGCCAGCAUACCCCGAUCUCGGUUGGGCUGGGGGAAGCUAUUGCUACUGCUAUCCAGGCAGCUAUCCGCCCUCCCCAGAGGACUCCUCUGGAAACUAUGUACAACCUGAAAUUGGAUAAAUUCCACGGUCACGAGGGGCACGAGGCCGCGGAGCGUUGGUUUGAGCAUAUUGAGAAGACCUUCCGAGUGUUGAACAACCAGGGGAAUCUCCCUGUGGAGAGAUGGGAGCUUCGUAGUUUGACUCCAGCCGAGAAGACUGACUGGAAUGUUUUUACUAGGUUGUUCAAGAGGAGGUUUAUUCCCCCAGAGUAUAUUGACCGCAAGAAACAGGAAUUCACUGAAUUGAAACAGCGGAAGAUGUCUGCGAAUGAGUAUUACCGGAAGUUUACCGACUUGUCUCGCUACCACCCUGAGAUUGCUAGUAACCCAGCGGAGAUGCUUCGCCGUUUUCGCAUCGGCACUAAGAAGAAGUGGCGUUCGAUGUCAACCUCCACUCAUUGUGAUACAUACCAGGAGUUCUACGAGGUUUUGUUGAGAGUCGAGGACUCUGAGAAUAUGCCGAGUGAGAGCGAUGAAGAUGAAAAGAGUGGUAAUCAGAAGAAGGACGACAAAGGUAAAGGUCAGGCAUCGCUCGGGCCUCGUCAGACUCAAAACUUCAAGAGGGGUGGUAACAGCUCUAGUUCUUCUAGUGGUGGUUUCAGCGCCACGGGUCAGGGACGAGGAGGUAGAUGGACUGGUGGCUUUCGGGGCCAGAGACAGGGGGACGGUGGUCGAGGUAGGGCCCCACUUUGCCGAAGGUGUAAUAAUCGGCACACGGGCGAGUGUAGACGAGGUAGCAGUGGUUGUUUCACGUGCGGGCAGAUAGGGCAUCGAGCGGCGCAAUGUCCCCAGGGUCAGCAGCAGAGACCGCAGCAGACUUUCUUGCCCCCACCUGCCCCUAUCCAGCAGAUUCAAGGUCCUAGUGGUUACGGUCAGGCAGGUCGAGGUGGUGCCUACCACUACCAGGGUGAUGCUGUACCCUAUGCCUCGGGAUAG